AUGGCGAAAGAGACGACGAUCGCGCCGCCGGUCGCGGAGCUCAAUGUCUAUGUGUCCAGUCCUAGCGGCCCGCGCCCAGCUAAGGAGACCACGUUCCGCGAGUGGGUGGUCUCCAAUCAAAUCGGGAUAUCAUUGACCAUCUUGGCUAUGUUGCUGGCUCUGCAUAACCUCUACCCGUCAUUGCGCCCUUAUACGCAACCCUUCUUCGAACUUUCCUACCACGACCCCGCCACGAAUACUUAUGUGCAGGGUUGGAACGAUAUCUAUUUUGUCUUCAGCGCUACUUUGGCGCUGACUGCAGUUCGGGCCAUUGUCAUCGAAUGGAUUCUCCAGCCCGUCGGUCGCUCGUUGGGACUGAAGCGCAAGGCGGCGCUCCGCUUGGCCGAACAGGGCUGGCAGGUCCUGUACUACGGGUUCAUCUGGUCUGUCGGGUUGUACCUGUGGAAGAACUCCAACUACUGGUGCGACUUUAGCACCAUCUGGAACGACUGGCCCGCGCGGCCGGUAGACGGCCUCAUGAAAUGGUACAUCCUGGUGGAGCUCGCGUUCUUGCUGCAGCAGAUCUUUGUCAUCCACGUGGAGGAGAAGCGCAAGGAUCACUACCAAAUGCUGUCGCACCACAUUAUUACGAGUACCCUCCUCGGAUCGGCGUACAUUUACGGCUUUUACAACGUUUCAAAUGUCGUCCUGUGUCUCAUGGAUAUUGUUGAUGUUCUACUGCCCGCGGCCAAAGUCCUGAAAUAUUUGAAAUUCCAAAAUGCUUGCAACGUCGCUUUCGGCAUCUUCAUGGCAACCUGGGUCGUGACUCGCCACGUUCUGUAUAACAUGCUAUGGUGGUCCAUCUACAAGAACGUUCCGCAGCAAAUGGCAUACGGUUGUUACUCGGGAGAAACCGCCGAGAUGAUCAGCACCAAUGGCUAUCCAGAUGCCUUUGCAUACUUGUUUGGUCCAUUCCUGAGCUUGAAGAACCCUAUUUGCAUGAACCGCACCAUCAAAUGGAUCUUCCUCUCGUUUCUCCUGUCCAUUCAGCUCCUUUCCAUUGUCUGGUUCAGCAUGAUCGUGCGCGUCGCCUAUCGUGUCGUGUGCAGUGGCGCUGCUGAAGAUACUCGCAGCGAUGAGGAGGACGAGGUUGAGAUGGACGAGGAUUCUACACACUCGGGCACUGUGCGGCUGGCCGCCAAGGAGAACGGAAACGCCGCUCCUGCCGUUGUCAAUGAGAAUGCUCCGGGUCUGGACCGCCGGCGGUCAAAUGGCUCUGCUGCUGCGCGUGCUCGUGGCCGUGGCCGAGUGCCCUUCGACCAGAGUGACCGGAAAGCUUUGCUGGGACGCAUUGGCUGCGACAAGCCCACUUGA